UUUUGUAUUCGAAAUCAGAAUCAAGUCAACACUUCUUGAGUAGUGUCUAGUAGCAGUAAAGCACAUCCUUUUCUUUAACUUCUCAUAUCCUUCUCAGCAAACAUGAAGUUCGUUAUUGCCGUAGUCAUGUUGGCCCUUGCCGUUAGCGUGCAUUCCUCCAUCCUCCCAGCCGUAUCGUAUGUGACCUCUGCCGUGCAUCCAGGGCCAUUGCUGGCGCAUGGCGGCUGGGGCGGACACGGUGCUUGGGCUGGACCAGCUGCUGUUACCGCUUGGGGUGGUAGCGGACACGGUCUGUGGGGUGGUAUUCCCGGCAUCUCACUCAGCCAGGGACCUCAUGGUGCUGCCAUUGCCGCUCCAUUGGCUGCUCCCCUCGCCUUGGGUCAUGGUCAUGGCGCAGGUGUUUAUGUAGCGAAGACUCGUGGUGCUGUGCACACAGCACCAUUAGCUGGUCAUAUUAACUCAGCUACCUCUUUGAAUGUGGCACCAGCACCAGGUACCUGGUAAGCAGGCAACAACCAAUCAACGAUGUCAUCAACCACUCCAAACACCCCAAUACCUACACACACAAACACACAUGUAUUCUGCAUCAAAUCGAGCAGCGGUACUUGUGUGCUAACAACAACAACAACAACAUUUUGACGACACUGAUGCCAAAUGAAGGAUGCCACCGCACUGUCUUAUUAUGUACAACAAACAUAUAUAUGUAUGUACAUAAAAACAUAUGUAUAUACGUAUAAUUGAUAUCGUGACUUCGUUUGUCGACGUUUCGCAUGUAUUCCGCUCUCGAUAUUUCGCAAAACCGCAAUCCGCAACACACCCCUGAUACGCACGAUGCCGACAUUCACAUGCAUACAUAUGUACAUACGUACAACAUAUGUGCAACACAUAUAUUGUUUAUAGCAUAUCUUUGUUUAAUUUUUUUUUUUACAUUAAAUAAUAUACUAUGUACAUAUAAUGUACACACAUACAUACUUAUUAUGUAUUUCAUGCUAUUUACUUAUCAUAAUCACUACAUACUUAUAUCACUUUGUAUUAACGGUGUUUUGGGCGAACUUAGUCGUAAAUGUUUGCCGUUAUGCCAUGCAAAAAAAAAACAAAAACAA